AUGGGAGCUCUUCCACUUCCAAAAGAGGAGAUCCGGUUGGAAAGAAACUGCAGCAUGUCCUGGAGCAGCAGUGACUUCCGACCCUCUGCAAAAGUAUUUGGGGAGAAUGGCGUGUUGGAAGAGCAGAAAUCUCCAAAAUUCAAGAAAAGAGAGACAGAGGUGUACGUUGGCAAUCUCCCGCUGGAUAUCUCUGAGGAGGAGAUUCGGUGCCUUCUAAAGGACUUCAGCCCUCUCCAUGUCCACAGAGUCCAGAAUGGCUGUAAAUGCUUCGCAUUCGUAGAUCUGGGCUCCAUGCAGAAAGUGGCACUUGCCAUCCAGGCACUGAAUGGGAAGCUUUUCCACCAGCGAAAACUGUACGUGAAUUCCAGCAACAGGUCUCCCAAGAGGACCCCUGAUGUGACCGAGCGGCCCCAGGAGCUGCUGAUUUCAGAGAAGGCCUCUGCUCAAGGGUUUGCUGGAACCACUGCUUGUCCACAGCUCACUCCUAAAGCUUCUGGUGAGCCCUGUGAGACAGAGAAACCCAAGACAAGCUUCUUUGCAGUUCCCAUGGAAAUGAGAGGGUCCUUCUUGGUGCUGCUCCUAAGGGAAUGUUUCCGAGACCUGGGCUGGCUGGCCACCAUCCCCAGUGUCAGCGGGGAGGUGGGGCUGUUGGUGACCAGUACUGUCCCUCAGACCCCCUUCUUCUGGGCCAUGCACAUCACCGAGACACUGCACCGGAACAUGCUGGCCCUGUUCAGCGCCCUGGCUGAGGCGGAGGAGCAGCAGCCCUACCUGCAUGACUCGGCGGUGCGGCGCGGGGUCCGCGGUCUGGCUGAGUACCACCUGGGCAGUUACGGGCCGGCCUGGAACAGGUGCUGGGUGCUGGACCGUGUGGACUCCUGGGUGGUGGUCAUGUUCGUGGAUUUUGGCCGAUCGGCCACCAUCCCGGUGCAGUCCCUGCGCGCCCUGGACAGUGAUGACUUCUGGACCAUCCCCCCCCUGACUCAGCCUUUCAUGCUGGAGAAAGGUAUUUUGAGUUCAAAUCAGGUUAUCCAUUGCAUCCUCAAAGGGAAAAUCACCGGUGCUUUGAACUUGGAGUCACACAUCCUGAAGUUUGAAGAGUUUAAGUGA